UAUUUACUUGUUUGAAAGUUAGAUCAGCAUGGCAAUAAAUAUCCUACCUCAGUCCCCCUCAUACACACAUAAAAUGAAAGUAUCACCUUUCAGUCAAUAUCAUGUCACGGUCAUGUCGAAGGUUGCCAUAGCAAUAACGUCCCUCAACUCUUAUUUUUAGGCCCAUCAUAAUUUGAAUUGAGUAGUUUCUUCACUUGUCUGAUUGUUUCAUAGAAGGAUAAUGUGGGUGUGCCGCAAAGAUUUUGAAUAUGUGGUGCGGAAACAGGAGCUUCAGAAAAUAGCUUUUGGCUCAGGAUGCGAGAGGGAUACUUCAUCCAAAAAGGGAAUGACUCCGUUCAUGCGACAUUACAUAUAUGAAGAUUUUCCAAACAUUUCCCCUACCAAGUAUAAUCCUCUGGAUGCAUUCAAAGCCAUUAACACCAAGCCUUGUCCUUGUGCUAUCAGCAGAAAGGGGUACAGUGGAAUUGCUCGUUUUGCAGAUACUUCGAAUCAUGGCGAUGAUCAUCCUUCGCCUGCUGAAUACAGCAUUAGUACAUUUCCUCCGAAAGUCAAACAAUCGAAAUGUCCGUUUUCAUCCACAGCAAAACGACAGACUAAUUCGAUCAACAAAAAUCCAGGGCCAGGUACUCACUUGCCUGGAGGUAAACGUCAAAUUAUGUAUGACCAUAGUUUUGGUGGGCGUAUGAAGAUGCGCUUAGGUGUUGAGCUCAAGUGCUGUCAGCGAAAUACUGACAUUUGUGACCUGUGUCAGAGAAAACCGCGUGGUGAUUAUUGGCACAGACGUAACAAAAACUUUUUAUGCAGACCGUGCAUGCUCACGGAACAUAGGGAACACAAACUAUACAAUGCGCCUCAACUCAAAGAAUUUCAUGCAAGUUUAAAAAAAUAUUGUUACGUUCUGAAUGCCACAGUUUUUUGGGGCCAUCAAAAAACAGAAUUUGUAAUUCAUUAUUUACAUUUCAGAAAAUACGAGAUUGCUCAGAGAUACAUCGUCACGAAGGGAUGCCUGCCAAAAUAUGGCUUAUGCAUCCGCAAGCUAUACAAAAAUGGAACCGAUGCGAAGCAUAUCUCUCAGCUUAUCUUAUAGACUAAUUUCCAAUUUCUUAUCGAGUAAAAACUACUUUGAUAUGGUAAAAAGGGUAUCGCUUAUACAUGUUUGAUGUAAAUGUUACAAUUACAUAAACGAAUUUCAUAGUUUUUUAUUACUAUUGUUGUUAAAUAGUUGUAAUAACUUUGUAAUGUGUGAAAUUUAUAAUUAAAAAACGAACUAAGGUAUCUAUGCAUCAGUUCAUUUACCUCUGGUUAUUAUGAAACGUGAGUAAGAUCGCGAAGGAUAGAGACCGAUAUAUGAAUAGAUUACAUUCAUUUAAUAAGCGACACGUAUACAUCAAUUCAUUUUUAGGCAUAAUACACGUGAUACAGAUCUAAAUGAUUCUCAUAAUAGCAAUACAAUGAAUUCUUUACUAUUUCUAAUAUCUCUACUUGAGCACUAUUUACAGAAAGAUUAUAUAAAAAUAUUUCGCAUGUUAAAUGGUUAAAUGCCUCAAAUAAUAUAAUAUAGUAGUGUUUAACUGUAUUAGAAUAUUGUAUAACUAUUAUAGCUGUGUGUAACAGAUAAUAUUUCAUAUUACACAUUACGUAUAUGCGGUAAUCAGUCAAUCAGGAAAGAAUUGCUUCUUGUCUAGAUAUUAAAAAUAUGCGCAGAGUAAUACCACUUGUAUCAAUUGACGUAUACUAACUGUAUUGAAACAAGCUGUACUAAAAAUAUGUGUGAGGGCAAGUUUUACACUUAUUUUUCUAUUCAAUAUAAGGUGUUAUACGCAGGAUAAGUUUGUGGUUUUGCAAUUCCAUAAAAAGAUAUUACAUGAAAUGUGGGUAUGCACCAUACAUAUAUAACAACUAAGUGUUUAGUUUUAGCUGCUGAGAGGACUGCAAAAAUCGAUACAAUUUGUAAAUCAAGUAUAAACAGUUUUGAAUUGGAACGAAACCUAAUUAUAAAUUAUUGUCACCGAUUCAAGAAUUGCUUUGAUUUUAAAAUAAAA